AUGAUCUUUGCCGUCCGUCAACUGCACAUGAAAGGCCAGGAGAUGCGGACCCACCUCUCCUCUACUUUCGUGGAUCUGACGAAAGCCUUCUACACGGUGAACCACGAAGGACUGUGGAAAUCAUGCAGUAACUUGACUGUCCACGAACGACUCACCCAGAUGGUGUGUAUGCUCCAUGAUGGCAUGAUGGCUCGAGUCACGGAGAGUGAAGCUGUCUCCGAGACAUUCACUGUGACCAAUCAACGGAUGCCCUUCCAGUCGCGAGUAUCCACAACUGCCGUCCGUAUACUUCUUUUUUUCGACGACCACGUCCUCAACGCCACCUCGGAGGGAGACAGACAAAGGAGCAUGUACCUCUUCGCCGCCUCCUGCGACAACUUCGGCUUGGUCACCAACACGGAGAAGACGGUGGUCAUGCAUCAACCGCCACCCGACGUUGCCCCGAUCUCCACUACAACACCAAACUGA